AUGGCUGAAGAACCGCCAGCGUCACCAAAAUCAGCGAAAUUCUUUAUUCCAGAGGGCGUUUACUUUAUAGAGGGCUAUGGAUAUGGUUACUACGAUCUAAACAACCAGUGGGUUUAUUGGUACCCAAGUGACAGCGAUUAUUACGAGAGAGACACCGUCGAGAGCAAGGACAAGGAAAACGGCCGAGACUUCUUCGAUGCUUUGUAUACCAGCAGCCUCGAUAGCCCAGCUGCACCACCGCAGCAUCAGCAACAGCAGCUGCAACAACAACAACAACAGCAGCAACAGCCACAACAACAGCAAGAGCAAGAUAGUACUCUACUUUCACAUCCGCAACACACUCCCCAACAGCACGAUUUGUUCGCUAAUACUCCGCCCCACGAUUCGUUUCAACUGGCCACACAUCAUCACUCAUCCCAGCUCGAUCACCCUUCACAGCAUGAGACCCCUACUUUCUUACAACCACCAACUGAUUCGGUGCAGCACCAGGAUCUUCCAUUCGACGCUCCUAACGCCGAUGUAUAUCCCCCACCCCCAGCAUUUUUAGAAGACGAUCAGCCUCCCUUUUUGCAGCAAGAAUGCUCCCCACAGCCAACUCAACAGGAUCUUUACACUCCACAAGAGGUGCCCCAAGAGCCAAUGUUUUUACAGGAAGCGUACACACCACAGCAGAGUCUUUAUCCAACUCAGCCAAUGGUCCCGCAGCAGCAAUUACACGAAGACACAGCUCAGUUCGAUCCUUAUGUGCCAUUACAGCAGGACUCACGUGAGAUAACACAUCAAGAGCAACAUCAACUGAAUCCUUAUGGGCCACCGGUGGUAGAGCAACCAAAGCAUAACGUGGAACCAUACGCUCCACCACCACCGGUUAUGCAACAAGCGUCACAGGCUAGAACCGAAAAUGUAGGGCACGUAGAGGUUCACGAGGAGGUACAUCACGUCGACGCUUAUGCACCCCCAGUAGUCGAGAAAGCGGUACAUCAGGAUCCUUAUGAUCCACUGACGGUUGUACAGCCAGGUACAUAUGAGCAACCACAACAAGAGGUACAUCAGGUAGAUCCUUAUGCCACAGCACCGGUUGUAGACCAGGCCGUGCAGGAACCGUCACAGCCAGAAUUACAGCAAACGAAUCCUUAUGCCCCAGCACCAACUGUAGAACAGGUGCCGGAGCCAUCACAGCCAGAGGUACAGCAGAUGAACCCUUACGCACCACCACCAGCUGCACAGCAAGGCACCUAUCAGAUAGAUCCAUAUGCUCCAGUGGAAGCGCCAGAAAUACAACAAAAGGCGCCUCCGCAGCAGAACCCUUAUGCGCCACAGCCACCCUCAAUACAAAGAGAUCCGUACUCCCCUCAACCAGCAUCAUUGCAACGGGAAGCACCUCAGUUGGAUGUUUAUUCCCCACCACCAGCGUCUCUGCAUAAACAAGUGCCUACACAAUUGUUACAAAGAGAUCCAUAUUCACCACAGACACUUCAACAAGAGGACCUUUAUGCACCACAGUCAAACUCUCUGAAGCAACAAGGUUCUCAUUAUACACCACCAGCGGCGCUCCAACAGGACCUCUAUUCACCAAAAUACCAGAAACAACCUAGUCUUCAAUCACCACCAUCAGUUCAACAAGGUUAUCUUCCUGGUCCGCCUCCUCCAGCUACCCAGCAUGCCGCUCAACAACCAUCUCACAUACCCCAUGACAAACCUUCAAAUGCACCAAUCAUUUCUUUCGGCUUUGGUGGUAAACUCGUCAUUCACACUCCUUCAAGUGACAGCUUAGAUUCACCAUUCACUAAUUCAGCUGUGAAGAGUACACCAUCGAGUGUUGCUAUAUAUAAUCUAUCUACGCUUUUACCACCAAACUUGGGUGCAAAAUUUCCAGGUCCAUUGUUAGGGAAUACCCAAACGAAGAAAAAUCAAGUGGUUGAGUACCUCGAUGCUAGAAUAUCAGAAGAGGGAUUCACGAACGACCAAUCGAAGUUAACAUUGUUGAGGGUGGUAAAAGUAUUACUUCUCAACAAUGGUGUUUUUAGUUCGAAAAUCAGUCAAGAAAUUCGCCAAGCGUUGUUGCCAGAUUCCGAACCUCGAGAAUCAUCUCAUAAGCGCGCUCCAUCGGGUUUGCAAAUAACAGUACCUGCAGAUGAAACAUCACCACAUAUCAAACCCUUCCCAUCAUCUCAAACGCCAUAUUUGGUCUCAUCCGAGUUGAAUGAUGAAGGUGACUCUACAGUUGCAACGUAUACUACAACAUCCAAAGCGCUGAAUAUCUUACAAGAAUUGCUCGUAAAGGGUCAAAAACGUGAUGCAGUGUAUUUCGCACUUGAGAACCAAAUGUGGUCCCAUGCGCUCAUAAUUUCAAGCUGUGUAGAUAAAGAACUCUGGUCAGAGAGUGUUAAUGCCCUUACAAGUCACGAACUGGGUGAAGGCUGGGAUAGUUUACGUGUCGCUUACAAUCUGUUCGCCGGUACGCUCAAUAAUAGUACACCAAGAGCUUCGAAUUGGAACAUGACUGCUGCAACCUUGGUAUCAAAUCUCGACAGUAUGGAUGCACAAAUCGCAUUGUCGAAUUUGGGUGACAAGCUGAUCAAUGAGGGUGAUAUUCAUGCUGGACAUACCUGCUAUUUGCUUGCAGCUGACACUCAAAAAUUAAAAUUACUUGGAUAUACAGGUGAAGGUAGUGAUAUUGAUGCCUGUCGACUCACUGAGAUACUCGAAUAUGCGUAUAGCUUAAACCCACAACAUAAGAAGGGCGAUUACGUUGGUUUACCCCACUUACAAAGUCACAAAUUGCUACAUGCAUGGGAAUUGACAGAGUUGGAUGAAAUCAGCGAUGCCAAUAGAUACUGCGAAGCUAUUGCAACUACGAUAAAAAUGUCAAAAGGCAGUCCUUACUAUCAUCCAGAUUUGUUCAUUGAGUUGAAGGAACUCUCAGAUAGGCUCUCAUCGAGGGGUGAUAACAACGACAAGUCAUGGAUAACCAAGAAGAUGGUAAGACCAUCAUUAGACACUUUGUGGAACAGCAUGGAAGGUCGUUUAACGAAAUUCAUCGUUGGUAAUGAUGAAGAUUCUCAAACACCAGUCGCAAAAUCUAAUGAAGCGGCUAAAGAUGUCGGACCGUUCGCGCAGUUCACCAGCAUCGAUGAGUCCUCCACUAAUGGUAAAUUAAGCAGAGCGGCAUCGGCUCUCGAUUUACCAAAUUGGAAUGGUAUUAGUGAUAGAAGAGUCUCAGAUAGCCCUGCAUACCUCUCUCCUGAGAUGGUGUACAGUCAGCCAAGAGCGGCUAGUGCCAUGGGAGGAUUAGCUGGUAUGGAUGGUAAUGCUCCGGGUGCUUAUGGACGAGGACCUCCUGUUAGUACAAGUAACAGUCUCAACAGUGGUGCUAGCUUCAAUGAAGAUAUCACUCCUGUAGCCACUUCCUUUGGUGCAGCAACAGCGACAAAUAAAAUGCCACCACCACCACCACCACCAAGUGCUCUCAAAUCUCCAUUCGGUCAUACAGAUGUUCCUAGUGAGGACUUCAAUGCUCCAGAAGAGAUUGAUGAAAAUGAGGGUGGGAACUUCAUCUCAUUGAUGGAUUCAAUGAGUGCACCAAUAAUACCUAGCGCAAACGGGACAGCUUACAUGCCAACGAACAACAGAACGAUCGACGAGAUUGAUGAACUUGACGAAGAUGAUGAUCUAGGAUUCGGCAACGACUCCACCAAGAAAGCGAAAGAAAAGAGAGACAAGGAAUUGAAAGAGAAGGCUGCUGUAAACGGAGGAGGCUUCCAAGCGCCAGCACCAGACCAGGUAACCCAGCCAGGACAGAAAGGGCCGCAGCCAUCCGCCCCACAACCACCACCUGCUCCUGCUUCGGGAUGGUUCAGUAGAUCGAACACGCCAGUACCAGAGGAGAAGAAGCCAGCAGAGAAGAGACCAGAGCUGAAACAGUCCGCUUCGUCAAGUUGGCUGAGUCGCUGGUGGAAGAAGGAUGACCAGCAGGGUAAUGGACCCGUGAAGGCAAAGCUUGGUGAGCAGUCGUCAUUCUAUUACGACCCUGCACAGAAGAGAUGGGUGAACAAGAACUCUGAUGCAUCUUCUGGAAGUUCGCCAAAGAUGCCGCCACCGCCUCCACGCGCAAACACCACAUCGCCGGGCGUCGGUAGACCGCCUGCUGGACGCGGGAGUGCGCUGAAGAACAGCGUCAGUAUGGACCUUAAAGGUGGGCUAAGCAGUAGUAGCGCUACGAGUGCACCACUGCCAGCGCGUUCACCAGUAGCGCCACCUGGGCCACCGGCAGGGCCGCCAACGAGACCGUCGAGUACGACGCCGGGACCUAUGGCAUCAUCGACAUCGCCUCCACCGCCAGGAUCUGGACAGCCAACUGGACGGAAGGCUAAGAAAGGAGGGCGUCCAAAGUAUGUAGCAGUAAAUAUUUAA